CCCGUCGCUGCGCGCAGCCCCCGGCGCACUCCUCUUGAGCCAGCUGCGGGCCGUGCUAGUGGCCGAUCACCUGGCGCGAGCUCUGCACGUUCAUGGGGUGAGUGUGCGCCUAGUGCCCGCCGUGCGGGACCCGCACAUGUCGACUUUCCUGCAGCAACUGCGGGUGGACUGGCCCGCUGCCUCGGAGCGAGCUUCAGUGGAAGCCUUGAGGAGCCGUGCACUUGCAGAGCUUACCUCUGCGGGUGACAGGGGAGCCCUGCCCCGUGGCGUCCUGGGCAAUGUGUGCCUGAAGGAGCUGGUGGAAGGACUGGGACGCACAGCUGGCUAUGAUCCCAAGCUGGACAAAUGUCUGGUGACUGAGGAUCUGCUCUCCGUGCUGGCUGAGCUGCAGGCAGCUGUGCAGCACUGGCUUGAGGACUGCUCCCUAGGCCUGGCUGCGGCCCCAGAUGCUGGUACAGACAGCUGCAUGGUGGUACACGUGGUGAGUUACGAGGAGGAGUUCCAGCAACAAAAGUUGGACCUGCUUUGGUGGAAGUUGGAUGACCAGGCUCCCCGCAGACAGAAACACCUGGUGUGUGGCCCAGUGAAAGUAGCUGGCGUACCUGGCACCCUGACUGCCAAAGAGUAUUAUGAGCUCCGACACACCCAGGUGUGCAAGGCUUCAGCACUGAAGCACAGCAGGGAUCUGGCACAAGACCCAGCCUGGACAGAAACCUUCAGGGUUCUCUCUGUAGCGGCCAUCAAGUUUGAGAUGCUCAGCAAGGCCCCACAGAGUCAGCUCCUCCUGGACCUGGCCGACAGCAUUUCCACAAAGGGGACCAAGAGUGGCACUUUUGUUAUGUAUAACUGUGCCCGUCUUGCCACACUCUUUGAGAGUUACAAGCGCAGCAUGGAACAAGGUCUGUACCCCACUUUUCCACCUGUGAGCAGUCUGGAUUUCUCAUUGCUCCGUGAAGAGGGUGAGUGGUUGCUGCUCUUCAACAGCGUCCUCCCCUUCCCAGACCUACUGAGCCAGACAGCAGCCCUGGACCAGGACCGCACAGCCCCGGGGCUCCACAUCACCGCACGUACGGAAAUGGUGUGCAAGUUCCUGGUACAGCUCAGCAUGGAUUUCAGCUCCUACUAUAAUCGGGUACACAUCCUAGGGGAGCCUCGACCACAUCUGUUUGGUCAAAUGUUUGCCCGUCUGCAGCUUCUACGGGCUGUGCGUGAAGUGCUCCACACUGGCCUGGCCAUGCUGGGUCUCCCUCCACUGAGCUACAUCUAA